AUGUGUAAGCAGUUUGAAGAUGGAUUAAAUGAGGAUAUAAAACUUCUAGUUGGGAUUCUCGAGGUGAAAGAAUUUGUUUUUUUAGUCAAUAGAGCACAUAAAAUCGAUGAUCUUAGCAAAGAGAAAGAAAAGCUAAUUUUGAAGUCAGAGAUUCAAGAAAAAGGUUCUAAGACGCAAGUUACGUCUGUAGCUAGUGUAGGUAGUGUUAAAGAUAAUAAAUGUGAUUCUCAACGGUGUGGACGUCGAGAUUUUGGAGAGUGCAGAGCGAAAGACGGGGCGUGUUUCAAGUGUGGUUCACUUAAGCAUUUUAGUCGUGAUUGCCCGAAAAUAUUUGAUAAAGAAAAAGUUCAGAAUAUUCGAUCUAGCAACAAUACCAUGAGGGGUAGACCACCACGUAACCCUAAAAAUGUUAUUUGUAGUUGUGGUGUAACAAAACACUCUGCUGUGAGAUCCGAGGCACGAGCACCAGCUAGGGCUUCCGCUAUUCGUGCACUAGAGGAAGCUUUUGCGCCAGAUGUUAUUACGGGUACUUUCUCUAUCAUUGACCCUGAUGUUAUUGCUUUGAUUGAUCCUAGAUAA